AUGACUUCAUCAAAUAUUCAAUCAACAUUGAAUUUUACAUCUUCAACUAUAAUUUCACCACCUUUACCAAGUGUAUUCGAAUUACUUGCUCAAGAACGUUUAACUGAUUUAAUUCGCCCUUGUCUUCGACAAAUUUUUAAAUUUUUACAUGAAAUUCGUCCAUUAUCUAAUUCAUUACGAAUUCUUUAUAAAUACAAAGAUGAAUUUAUAUUACUUAUUGAAAGUAUUGUUCAAUGGCUUUAUUUACAUUUCUAUUCAGCUUUAAUUGGUGAACAUUUUUAUGGAUUAAAACGAACAGCAAAUCAUCGAUUACGUUCACUUAUAUUUUCUGUAUUUCUACCUUAUGUUAAACUAAAACUUGAUUCAUUACAUGAACAAAUGUCUAUGAAUAAUAACAAUAAUAAUAAUAAUAAUAAUAAUCGUCAUACUACAUUUUAUAUGAUACUUCAAAUUUUACCUAAAAUUCAAGUUUUUAUCGAAGGUAUUUGUUGGCUUUAUCGAAUAGGUUAUGCUUUUGGUAGAAUUGAAUAUUACAGUCCAGAACUUCAAUUAGCCGGUGUUAAAUUAACCUAUGCGAAAGAUCCAUCACCUGUCAUUCCAUCAUCAACUAAUGCUAGUCGAUUUUUUUCCAUAAUCAGUCAAAUUAUAUCAAGUGGUUUAUUUCUUGUUCAAUUUAUCGAAUGGUGGAAUAAUACAAAUGGUUCAAAGAAAAAUUCUAUUAAUGCUAAUAUUAAUCCACCAUUACCAACUACUGUUCGAACACAAUCAACAAUUGGUAAACGUCAAUGUCCUCUUUGUCGACAACCAUGUAAUGUUCCGACAGCAGUACUUGGCUCUGGUUAUGUUUAUUGUUAUACAUGUAUUAGCGAUUACGUUAAACGUUAUCAUCGAUGUCCAACAACACAUCAACCGAUAAAUCUUGGAAUGUUAUACCCGUUUUUAGAUAAUGUUAACACAUCAGAACUUUAUGUAAUAACAUUUCUUUAUAGUCUCAUUGUGUUCAUUAUCAUUUUACCACCAAGUGAACUUGCAUCAGCUGGAUUUUCUAUACAAAAUAUUUUUUCUUAUUUUCUUGUUGAAACUGAAGAAAUAUCUUUUAUACGAUAUCAUAUAAAACGUAUAUCAAUUAAAUAUAUUAUUCAUAGCUUUCUUUCAUUGGGUUAUGUAUUUAUAUUACUCUAUUAUUGUGAUUGGUCAUUAGGCAUUAUUAAUGUUUUUAUUAAUCUUUUUACUCAAACUUCAAUAAUUCUUCGAUUUAUUUUAUAUAUUUGUCUUCUUAUUCCUAUUAUUACAUCAUUAAUUGUUUUACAAUGGCAUUUAAAUGAUUGUUAUAUGCAUCCAAUUGUUCGACAAUUACGUUUAUUUAUUCAAAUAAAUAAUCAACAACAAGAACAAACAUGGCAUACAGUUGAAUCAUCAAUAAAUACUGAAUUUCGUCGAUUUGAUAAAUUUACAUGUGGUACAGCAACAUCAAAUGUUCGUUGUUAUGUACUUGAUUCAUGGAUAUUAAAAUGUUCAAUGUAUCAUGUUAAUAUAGCACAACAAUCAAAUGUACGUGUUGAAUUAGUUGAUGCACAUGAUAUACAUUUACAAGAAACAAAUGAAGAAGUAUCAUUAUCUACACAAUAUCUUAAUAUAGUCAUUAAAAGUUAUGAUAUAAGAAUAAAACCAUUUUAUAUUAGAUUAAAAGCAAAUGAAUAUGAUGAUUUACGAGGUAAACUUCAAGCAAAUAUUGAAAAUGUCAAAAAUAUUGUUGUACGUCAAUCUCUAAGUGAAUUAUUUGUAACAGAUUUUCGACGACAUGUUAUACAAAAUCCAAAAUAUCGAUUACCACCAAAUCAACGAGAUUUGGAUACAUGUAUUGGUUGUUUACAAACAAAUGCUAAUGUUAAAUUAGUUAAAAAUUGUGAUGCACCAAAUAUUGGCCGAUGUCAAACAUGUUUUUGUCGUCCAAUGUGGUGUCUUGAAUGUUUGGGUAAAUGGUUUGCUAGUAGACAAGAUCAAGCAAGACCUGAUACAUGGCUUCAAUCAACAUGUCCAUGUCCAUCAUGUCGAUCUGUUUUUUGUAUUCUCGAUAUUUCAUUAGUUGAAUUUUGA